AUGCCAUCAACCACAGCAACCGAUGAAAUAUUCUCCGACGAAUCAAGCUUCUACGGCGACGACGACGAAAAGACCAAACUAGAAGCACAAGUCUCAUCCUACGACCCAGAGCCAUUCUGGGUAGGAACUCACCCAAAGCUGCUAUCCACCAUGCAGCAGCAUCUCCGCGCGUCGUCGACUCGCGCAAAGGCGACAUCACCAGACGUUUGUAUGAGCGAUGCACCACCAGAAACAGACAGCAUGCCGCGCAACAAACGCGGGAAGACCGAGCCGGUAGAUCACUUUUUAUCGCGUCUUCCGCCAUCGACGACGGAAACCACGGUCGUAGGCCCCUGGAUUUGGAUGUACAACCCGCAUCUGCCGUCGAAGACGAGCGGGGACGUUCCCGCUCUGCUUAGGAGAGGCAGGGAGCUUCUCCAGGAGUACGAAAAUGGGAGUGCGAUACUGCGCGAGGCGCAUGAUAGGUCUGGGGCGAAGACUACGGCUGCGUUGACGCGUAAAUUGAAUCCGCUGCGGAAGGAACUUGAGAAGGAUAUUCUGGAUCUGGCGAGGGAGACGGGUGUUACAAAUGGGAAGUGGAUGCUUUUUCCGACUGUGGGUCAAGUCGAUGAGUUCUGGGGCGUCGUUGUUAGGGCGAUGGAGAAGGGGGAGCUCGGGGAUGCUGUGAAAGUUGCUACGAAUGGUGGGUCUGGAGCGAGUCGUUUGAUUUGUGUCUAUACGGCUGAUUUCGGCGAUGUCGAGGAUGUUAAGCGGGUUGUGAGUAAGUUGGAUGAUCUUGGGCUUGUUGGGAAAGGGCCGAGGUCGAUUUACUACAAGUCUGAUGCGUUCACUCAUCUGGAUAUUACCUCUAAGAAUGAGUAUGGACUGAAGGCGAGUAUGUAUUCGAGUCGGGAGCUUCUUGAAGGGAAAUAG